UUUUUUGUUUCUUAAAAGCAACCCUGCGUGGUUGGAAGGCGAGUGGGUUAUAUUGUGGUUUUUUCUGUUGCGACUAGUACGAAGGAAAUCUGUUUUGUUGAAAAUAUAAAUUAUGCAUGCGGUCACCGCGAAUAUGAAGUGCUGUUUACUUCUGCUGCGACUUAUGUUAAUGCUGGAUGUGUUUUCUCUUGCGGAAUGUUUCUACGUGCCGGGAGUUGCGCCCGUUGAGUUUUCGACGGGACAAAAAAUCGAUGUGAAGGCGGUAAAAAUGACAAGUAGUCGGACCCAAUUGCCUUACCAGUAUUAUUCCCUUCAAUUUUGUUUGCCGAAAAACGGCACUUUAAUAUACAAAUCGGAAAAUUUGGGAGAAGUUUUACGUGGGGAUCGAAUUGUAAAUACGCCUUAUGAAGUGCGUAUGGCUGAAAAUAUUAACUGCAAGUUGCUAUGCAAUAAGAAGGAUCAACCUAUGAAUUGGGAUAAAUAUCAGUCUGCAAUAGUUGCCGAGCGAAUAGAGCACGAAUAUUUCGUUCAUUUACUUGUGGACAAUUUACCAGUUGCGACUAGAAUAGUAAAUGUUAAUAAUCCCAAUGAAGUAACUUAUGAACACGGCUACCGACUAGGACAAGUUGAAGGUGACAAUAUUUAUAUAAACAAUCAUCUGAAGUUUAUUCUUUCAUAUCACAUGCAUGCGAAAAACAAAUACCGUGUGGUCGGUUUCGAGGUGGAAACUGCUUCAGUCAACUACAAAGAAAUCAAGUUUGAAGGGGAUUCUUGCAACUUUCCAGACAAUUCAAGGCCCCAAUUGGUGAACCCUAUUGCAAGCACCCAGCUAUAUUUUACCUAUUCCGUCGAAUGGAAGGAAUCUAAAGUAAGCUGGGCUUCCCGAUGGGAUACGUAUCUGGGUAUGAGGGACGUGCAAAUUCAUUGGUUUAGCAUCAUAAACUCGCUUGUGGUUGUAUUUUUCCUUUCCGGCAUAUUAACUAUGAUCAUGAUACGAACACUUCGUCGAGAUAUCGCACGUUACAACACAGAUGACAAUAUUGAGGACACAUUGGAAGAAACAGGAUGGAAGCUAGUACAUGGUGAUGUUUUUCGUCCUCCCAAAAACACCCGUCUAUUUUCUGCAGUUAUUGGAAGCGGAAUACAAAUAUUUUUUAUGGCGCUAAUAACAAUAUUCUUCGCUAUGCUUGGCAUGCUGUCACCUUCUUCCCGAGGAGCUUUAAUGACAUCAGGAAUUUUUAUGUACGUCUUCAUGGGUACUAUUGCUGGUUAUUUUGCGGCCCGUCUUUAUAAAACUAUGAAAGGGCGAGAGUGGAAACGUUCGGCCUUCUUAACAGCAACGUUAUAUCCCGGCAUUGUUUUUGGGACCGGUUUUAUACUUAAUUUCUUUAUAUGGGAUAAACAUUCUAGUGGAGCUGUCCCGUUCACAACAAUGAUUUCUUUGCUGCUUUUAUGGUUUGGUAUUUCAGUUCCACUGGUUUAUUUAGGCUAUUACUUCGGCUAUCGUAAGCAACCAUAUCAACAUCCAGUUCGCACUAAUAUGAUCCCAAGACAAGUGCCGACACAGCAUUGGUACAUGAAUAUUGUGCUUAGUACACUAAUGGCUGGGAUAUUGCCGUUCGGAGCGGUUUUCAUAGAACUAUUUUUCGUCUUCACGGCUAUAUGGCAGAAUCAAUUCUAUUACUUAUUUGGUUUUCUAUUUCUUGUAUUUUGUAUCUUGGUUGUAAGCUGUGGUCAGAUAUCGAUCGUCAUGACAUAUUUCCAACUUUGUGGAGAGGACUACCGCUGGUGGUGGCGCAGCUUUAUUGUCUCAGGAGGUUCAGCUUUAUAUGUGCUUUUCUAUAGCAUAUUCUACUUCUUUACAAAAUUGGAAAUCACAGAAUUCAUUCCUACACUAUUAUAUUUAAGCUAUACAGGCAUUAUGGUAUUAACAUUUUGGCUAUUAACGGGAACCAUCGGAUUUUUUUCCGCGUAUAGCUUUAUUCGCAAAAUAUACGGAGCUGUUAAAAUAGAUUAAUUUUUAACUGCCUACAUUAUUCACAUAAUACAUUGAGGUUGUUUACACUUGCUUGGUUAUCAGGUUAUCUGGUUAAAAAUUAUUAUUGUGUAGUGUAUUUUAUAACCACAUAUCCUGAUAACCAGGCAAGUGUGAACAACUUCAUUGUUUUUCUUCAUUUUAAUCCAAACUAUAAUUUCAUAAUUUUAUAUGUUGCUUAAAUUUAUUGCCUGUUGUUACACUAGGAGACUGUGAGCUGCAUAUCUUUCAUAGAUUUAUUCUACUAGGCAGUGAUUGAAGAAGUCAUUGAGCUGAUUUAAUUAAAUUGUUUCUUUUUGUCAGUUGUAUACUUAUUUCUCAAUUAAUAUAUAUUUUAGUAACUUA